GGCCUCAAACCUUUUCCCCCUCAGCUUAAGCGGCUGAGGGGGAAAAGGAAAAGGCUUGAGGCCGGGAAUGCUGGGAGUUGUAGUCCAAAACGCCCGAGGGAAGGCCUAAGUUUACUCGUGCCUCAUCUAUCUAUAUGACGUAAUAAUAAUGUAAUAAUAAAGUAAUGAACGACAAUAACAAAGGCCACACAAUAAUGCCAGCAUGAAAUAUCAUAGUGAUGACACAUCCUCUCAUAAGAUAAUGAUAAAUAACAAAUCUUUUGGAAAACUGGGUUGCUGCUGCGAGUUUUCCGUGCUGCCAGGCCAUCAUGUCCCAGAAGCAUUCUCUUCUGACGUUUCGCCCACACCUGUGGCAGGCCUCCUCGGAAGUGGGGAGGGCUGUUGCAAACGAGGCCAGUGGGGUUUAUAUAUACAGUAGAGUCUCACUUAUCCAAGCCUCGCUCAUCCAAGUUUCUGGAUUAUCUAAGCCAUUUUUGUAGUCAAUGUUUUCAAUACAGUAUAUCGCGAUAUUUUGGUGCUAAAUUUGUAAACACAAUAAUUACUACAUAACAUUACUGCGUAUUGAACUGCUUUUUCUGUCAAAUUUGUUGUAAAACAUGUUUUGGUGCUUAAUUUGUAAAAUCAUAACCUAAUUUGAUGUUUAAUAGGGUUUUCCUUAAUGCCUCCUUAUUAUCCAAGAUAUUCGCUUAUCCAAGCUUCUGCCGGCCCGUUUAGCUUGGAUAAGUGAGACUCUACUGUAUCUAUAUCUCUGUGGAAUGAUGUCCAGAGCGGGAGAAAGAAAGAGCGCUUGUCUGCCUGAGGCAAGUGGGAAUGUUGCUAUUAAUCACCUGGUUAUUAUUGAAUGGCCUUGCAGCUUCAAAGUCUGGCUGCUUCCUGCCUGAGGGGGAUCCUUUGUUGAGAGGUGUCGUCUGGCCUUGAUUGUUUUUACUCUGUGGUUUUUACUCCUACUUCCUUUCUCACCCCGAGUUUUAACCUAGUGUUCAUGUGGCCCGCCCUUGGUUUUAUUGUUCUUUUGAUCUUGUUUAAUGUAGUGUAUAUUUUCUUUUAUUGUGUUGUUUAAUGUGCUAUGAUUUGCUGUUCUAUUAUAUUUUGUUAUUUUGUAUUGCUCUGGGCAUGGCCCCAUGUAAGCCGCCCCGAGUUCCCGUUGGGGAGAUGGUGGCGGGGUAUAAAUAAAGAUUAUUAUUAGUAGUAUUAGUAUUAUUGUUUCCUAAUGUAACAAGAUGUAUAAAGCACAAUAAUGGUUCAAAAAAUACAAUGUCCACCAUAUGUAUAUUAAAGCAUCAUAUACAUUUUACAUUCACUAAAUCAAUGCCCAGUCCUAUGGUAUCAUAUAGGAUAAACAAUGCAAAAGUAUCUUACUAAAUAUUAUAAAUCAGACAUGAAGAUAUAAGUCUCUGCAGUCCUAGAAGGAUUUCCUAUGGACUCAAUAGGCGUAAACAUGGAUUAGAGUAAAGCCAACUCAGUGUCUCUGCAGUUCUGGAAGGAUUUCCUCGGGACUCCACUGAGUUAAAUACAGGUAUAGAAAUGUAUAUUAGAGCAUUUAUAUGUAUAUUAGACAGGGAAAUGUAUAUGAUGCUCUAAUAUACAUAUUGUGUACAUCAUAUUUUUUGAAGCAUUAUUGUGCUUUAUACAUCUUGUUACAUUGUUUAGAAUAGACAUCUGUGUUUAUCUAGAACCUGAUUGUUUCCUGCCUGGAAUUCCCCUGGUUUUGAGUGUUGUUCUUUAUUUACUGUCCUGAUUCUAGAGUUUUUUAAUACUGAGGCCAGAUGUUGUUCAUGUUCAUGGAUUCCUCCUUUCUGUUGAAAUGGUCCAUGUGCUUCUUGUAGCCUGAUGUGGUGGUUGUGAGAGUGGUCCGGCAUUUCUGUGUUCUCAAAUAAUAACCUGCUGCGUCCAGGUUGGUUCACCAGGCGCUCUCCUCUGGCUGCGUGAGCCUGCCAUGCCUUUCGUGUUCCCUGAUUCACGCCUAACCCCAGCCUUUGAUCAUGUUCAGCUUGUUGUCCACAAAGGCUCCAAGAUCUUUUCCACAUGUGAAGUCUGUCAUCCUGUACCUUUGCAUUUCUUUUUUUCUGCUCGAGGGUAUCUUACACUCUUACAUUUGGCCUUGUUGAAAUUCGUUUUGUUAUUUUUGGCCACUCAGCUCUCUAACUUGUAGAGGUCACUUUGCACCCUGACCCUGUCCUCUGGAGUAUUCGCUCUCCCUCCCAAUUUGGUCCCACCAGCACACUUGAUAAGAAGCAGGCCCUCUAAACCUUCAUCCAAGGCACUAAUUGAAGACGUGGAGCAGAACUGGGCCCAGGACCGAACCCUGCUGAUGGCACUCCACUAGUCGCUUCUUCCCAGGAUGAAGAAGAGGAACCAUUGGGGAGAAGACCCUUUGAGUUUGGUCCCUUAACCAAUUCCAGGUCCACCUAAGAGUAGCCUUGCUUAGCCCAUGUUGUACUAGUUUACUUCCAAGAAGGCCAUGGAAUCAAGACAUGUUCCACCCAAAGCAUUCCCUGCAUCUACCAAGCUUGUAACUGUCGAAAAAAUUGAUACGGUGGGUCUGGCAUGGCUUGUUUUUGAGAACUCCAUGCUGACGUUUAGUGAUCACAGCAUUCCUUUUCCAAGGAAAUACGGUUUUGGCUCACCUUGUUAUUGUUUAAUAAGCCUCACCCUUGAUAUGGGGAGAUCCUCGGACCACGAGGCCACCCCUUCUGCUUUGUGUACAGUUAUCCCUGCUUAGUGUGGACCGACCCCCUGUAGUAACAGAGACUGCUUAAGGAUUGCUUUUGUCAAUAUUCUUAUGAUUAUUUUUGCAAAUAUUUCUGUCAACACUUUUAUGAAUAUCUAGUAUUUAGAGUCAUCUGUUUACCCUUUAGUACAAUGGAAACUUUGUAAAUGCUAUUUAAUAUUGGACACUUGUGAUUCAAUUUUCUACUCUGUUAAGUUAAAAAGAAAAGAAAAGUAGGAAAGGGAGAGUAAUGAUAGAAAUAAAAGAGAAAAAAAUAUAUUUUGUUUUUGACUUCCUGGUAUCUUGAGUUCUUACUCUUUUCUUACUUUUUAAAUGUUCUUUUUCUCCCUCCCUCCCUUCCUUCUUCGGACUUUUCUUUGCGUCUUCUUCUUUUCAGGUCAAGAUCUUUUUGUUCUUUUGUUUGAGAUAUUCAGUUACUUGUUUCCAGUCUGUUUCUUUCAUUUUCAUUCCCUUAUUCUUUGACAUGAGGAAAGUAACUCUGUCCAUAUUUCUGAUCUCUAGUAUUUUUGUUAUCCAUGUAUCUUCUUCCGGUAUUUCAUCUUAUUUUCCAUACUCUUGCAUAACAUAUUCUUGCAGCCGUAGUCAUUAGAAAUAAUAAUUUAUCUGUGUUUUUUUCUAUCUUCAUCUCAUGUAUUCCUAGUAAGAAGGUUUCUGGUCUCCAUGGUAUUUGUAUUUCUAAGAUUUUCUGAAUCUCACUCUGUAUUUUUUUCCAAAAUUUCUUCGCUCUGUCACAUGACCACCAUAAGUGGAAGUAUGUUCCAUCUUUUUCUUUGCAUUUCCAGCAACCUGUCUUUGUGUUGUUUUAACAUUUUCCAAGCUUCUUAGGAGUCAUAUACCAUCUAUAUGCUGUUUUUAAACAAUUCUCUUUCAGUUCUGUGGUGUAUGUGUACCUUAAUUUCUUUCUCCAAAUUUUUUCCCAUUCUUAUUUCCUGAUGGUUCUUCGGAUAUUUUCUUUCCACCUUUUCAUUUAGUUUUUUUCUUCCCUCCCUGCGAUAUCCCAUUCUAAUAACUUUUUAUAGAUUUUUGAUGUCAUUUUCUUCUCAGAUUUCAUUAUAUCAUCCCAAAAGUUGAUUUCUUCUGUGAAUCCUAAUUUUUUAUCUUUUUUAUAUCUUUCUUUCAUUUGCCAGUAUUAGUACCACAAGAUCCUUUGGUUUAUUAUAUUUAAUUCCUGUUGUGACUUCCUUAUCAUCUUGCUUCCUUCUUUUUUUAAAAUUUCUUUUUAUUUAGGCCAAUCAUUCCACCCCAGGACCUUUCUUUGCCCUGCUUCCAAUGGGAAUAACCAUAAUGGUGUUUUUCGUAUUAUCCCAUACUAGCUUGGGGACCUGGCGGUACCCGGGUUAUUUGAAGAAGGCAUUAUUUGUAUUUGAAUCUUUGGUAUUCUCAGUUUGGAGUGGGUGAACUACAAUUCCCAGAAUCCUGGUUCAGUCCUCCCCAAACCCUGCCAGUAUUCAAAGUUGGCCAUUUUGGGUCUGCGUCCCGGGUGUGGUCCAGAUCAGUCGUUGUCUGGACAUUUUUAAAUAUUUAAAUAUAAUAUAAUAUUUUAAUAUUAUAUUCUUAUAUUUAAAUAUUUUAUAUUUUAAUACAUUACAAUAUUUUAAUAUUAUAUUACAUUCUUAUAUUUAAAAUAUUUAAUACUAAUACUAAUAAUAAUAAUAACUUUAUUAUUAUACCCUGCCCCAUCUCCCCGAAGGGACUCGGGGCGGCUUACAUGGGGCCAUGCCCGAACACAACAGUAUAAAAACAAAAGCAAAACAAUAAAGCAAAUCAAUCAACAAUAAAACAUCAACAUUGAUAAAAACAGUCAUAAAAGGUCAACAUACAAAAUAAAAUGUUAAAAUCAUGAGUUGAAUUCACGGAUCUGGGCCAAGAUGCAAAAUGUGUCGAAGUCAUCAGGGAGGGGUAAUUACCCAGCUGGCGUAGUCAUUAAAGUGCUAAGUAUAAUACUGAGAAGGCAUACCUGAGGGUCUAUUGCUAAGUAGGCAAACAGGUCGAUCCUGCAGGGAUCACUCAUCAAAGGCCUUCUGGAAGAGCCAGGUUUUCAGGCUCCUCCGAAAGGAGAGGAGGGUGGGGGCCUGCCUGUUCUCCCUGGGGAGCGGGUUCCAGAGCCCGGAUGGGGGCCAUGAUGGAGAAGGCCCUCUCCCUGGUCCUCACCGACCGCGACUGCGAGGGUGGUGGAAGCGAGAGGAGGGCCUCCCCCGACGAGUGAAGGGAUCGUGCGGGUUCAUAGGGGGAGAUGCGGUCUCGAAGGUAGGUGGGUCCCAGACCGUUUAGGGCUUUGUAGGUAAGAACCUGCACCUUGAAUUGGGCUCGGAAAAUAAACGGUAGCCAGUGGAGCUCCUUAAACAGUGGCAUUGAACAGUGACUCUACAUGGUUGCUAUGGGGGCCAUGAAGUCCUGAGCCGCUCCAGUAAGGAUGGUCUCAGCAUGGACAUUGAAGUCCCCCAGUACAAUAAGCCGUUGGUACAGUAGAGUCUCACUUAUCCAACAUUCUGGAUUAUCCAACGCAUUUUUGUAGUCGAUGUUUUCAAUAAAUUGUGAUAUUUUGGUGCUAAAUUCAUUAAUUCAGUAAUUAUUACAUAGCAUUACUGCAUAUUGAAUUACUUUGUCAAAUUUGUUGUAUAACAUGAUGUGUUGGUGCUUAAUUUGUAUAAUCAUAACCUAACUUGAUGUUUAAUAGGCUUUCCCUUAAUCCCUCCUUAUUAUCCAACAUAUUUGCUUAUCCAACGUUCUGCCGGCCCGUUUAUAUUGGAUGAGACUCUACUGUACUCCACCGCCAGGCCCAAGACCACCCCCGCUUGCUCAGGGAGACUAGUACAGUGGGGUGGUCUGAAUUCUAACAGAAUCCCUAAUCUGUCUUGGUCACCUACCCUCAGUGGACACAUUCAGCCAAGGUUGACUACGGGAUGGGGCCCCUGGUCAAGGGGAUGGAAUCCUUAUAGACCACUGUGACGCCGCCUCCCCGCCCUCCAGAUCUUGAUUGGUGCUGCACGGCAUAACCUGGCGGACAAAGCUGGAUGAAGUUGCCCCCCUCCCCAGCCUCGUCCAGCCAGGUCUCCGUUAUACAAGCCAGGUCUGCCCGCUCAUACAGGAUGAGGUCCUGGAUAAUCGCCGAUUUUCCAUUUACAGACCUGGCGUUCAACAGCACCACCUUUAGUCCGGAGGGACCGCCAACCUGGGUACCCAAGUUUAUCAUGUCUGGAGGCCGCUUUAAAACUACAAGAACUCUUACCUAUCCGAACGUAUCUCCUCCUAUGAGCCCAUGAGAACUUUAAGAUCGUCUGAGGAGGCCCUGCUCUCGGUCCCACCUGCCUCACAAGUGCGGCUGGUGGGAACGAGGGACAGGGCCUUCUCGGUGGUGGCUCCUCGGCUGUGGAACUCCCUCCCCAGUGACAUCCGGCAGGCUCCAUCCCUUCUGAGUUUCAGAAAAAAGGUAAAGACCUGGCUCUGCGAACAAGCGUUUAAUGAAUGCAUUAUGAUGGCUUUAACUCGGUCCGGACUAAGGUUUACGUGCAAGGUUUAUGUGGACGAAUGGAUUAAAUAUUUUAUUAUACUGUUUUCAAUGUAUUUAUUGGAGUGUUUUAAAUUGAUUGUUUUAAUUGCUAUGUUUUAUUUUUCUACUGUAUACCGGCAUUGAAAUUGCCAGAUUGUGAGCCGCCCUGAGUCCCUUCGGGUGAGAAGGGCGGCAUAUAAAUAAUGGAAAUAAAUAAAUAAAUAAACUCUCUUCCUUUCCCUAGGCCGAAUUAAUUUAGGCUUCUGUUUCCCAUAUUUCCCCCUCCUCUGAGUUACUUCUAUGGGGGCUCCUUGGAUAAUGGAAGACCACCCUCCCUCUAGAUGGUCCAUCGUGGAGUUGGCGCUAGCAUUUAGGUACCUCUGAAUGAACCUUAUGAAGAAGAUCCUGUGAGAGCUUUGCCCUAGGAUGUCUUAGGACUGAAAUGAAGGGUCACUGCACUGGCACAAACAAGGAAUAAGUAGGAGAAAGGCAUAUUUCAAGCGAUAUACUUGAAGGAAAGGGAAGAUUGUGCUGUUAAAAGAGGGGCUUGGGGACGAGACCAGAAGGCUACGGCAAUACAAAAACCAAGAAGAGGAAAUCUUGUGUUGUUCAUAUCUGUAACCUUCUGGCAUAAUAUUUGAAUCAGAAAUCAAAAAGAAUGGAAAAUCUUCAUCCCUGUUCCACAUCCACAUCGCAUACAGAGGAGAAGCUGCAUAAGUGUAUGGACUGUGGGAAAUGUUUCAUGCAUAGAAGUUCUCUUACUAAACAUCAGGAAACUCACGCAGGAGAGAAGCCAUAUACAUGUCUGGAAUGUGGAAAGAGCUUCAGUCAGAGUGCACAGUGGAGUUCCCAUCAAAGGACCCACACAGGAGAGAAGCCAUAUACAUGCACGGACUGUGGAAAGAGCUUCUGUGAGAGUGGACAGCUGUGUUCCCAUCAAAGGACCCACACAGGGGAGAAGCCAUAUACAUGCAUGGAAUGUGGAAAGAGCUUCAGUCGGAGUGACCAUCUGCGUUCCCAUCAAAGGACCCACACAGGAGAGAAGCCGUAUCAAUGCACAGAAUGUGGAAAGAGCUUCAGUAGGAGUGGACAGCUGCGUGCCCAUCAAAUGUCCCACACAGGGGAGAAGCCAUAUCAAUGCAUGGAAUGUGGAAAGAGCUUCAGUCAGAGUGGAGGUCUGUGUUACCAUCAAAGCAUCCACACAGGGGAGAAGCCAUACCAGUGCAUGGAAUGUGGAAAGAGCUUCAGUUUGAGUGGACAGCUGAGCCUCCAUCAAAGGACCCACACAGGGGAGAAGCCACAUAAAUGCAAAGUAUGUGGAAAGAGCUUCAGUUUGAGUGGACAGCUGAGCCUCCAUCAAAGGACCCACACAGGGGAGAAGCCACAUAAAUGCAAAGAAUGUGGAAAGAGCUUCAGUCACAGUGGAACCCUGUAUUCCCAUCAAAGGACCCACACAGGGGAGAAGCCAUAUCAAUGCAUGGAAUGUGGAAAGAGCUUCAUUUGGAGUAGAGAUUUCCGUAUCCAUCAAAGGACGCACACAGGGGAGAAGCCAUAUCAAUGCAUGGAAUGUGGAAAGAGCUUCAGUCGGAGUGGAGAUCUGCGUACCCAUGAAAGGAUCCACACAGGGGAGAAGCCGUAUCAAUGCACAGAAUGUGGAAAGAGCUUCAGUAAAAGUGGAUAUCUGCGUUCCCAUCAAAGGACCCACGCAGCAGAGCAGCCGUAUAAAUGCAUGUUUUGUGGAAAGGGCUUCAGUCAAAGUGGACCGCUGCGUUCCCAUCAAAUGAUCCACACAGGGGAGAAGCCGUAUCAAUGUAUGGAAUGUGGAAAGGGCUUCAUUCAGAGGGGAAAUCUGCGUUCCCAUCAAAGGAUCCACACACGGUUAGAGGAAGAGACCCUAACCCUAUUUAAAAAAUCCCCCAAACAAGAGUCCCAUCCCUCCAUAGGCAGGCAAAGAAUGGGAGAAUGAAAGCACAAAGGAAGGCCACCACCUUGUUCUCUUUCUUUCAUGGACAGCCGUCUGUGUGGAUUGAUUGCUGGUGCGGGCAGGUCUCCCACAGAGGAGGACUCUUCUCGCUAUUGCAGCCUUUUUUGAAGGGGUUAAUUUGACCUCUUCCUCCUCAAGAAAAGUAUCCCAGACUUCUCGGAUGAUCUGUGAAGGCUUGCUGAAAUAGGAGCAGCGGAGAUAUUAUGGUAAAGAUUAGCUCUUUGGGAGCAGAUAACGGCAUUCCUUCGUACUGUUGUCCUGGAUCUUGGCUCUGCUGCCUCGGUUUCAAAUUCUGGACUCUGGCCUUGUUCCUGUCACCCUGCGCUGUUGGAAACAGGCAACCUUCUCAAGCCUCCUCUGUUUAGUAAUUUUAGUAAUUAAGGAGAAGCCUAUUAAACACCAAAUUAGGUUAUGAUUUUACAAAUUAAGCACCAAAACAUCAUGUUAUACAAUACAUUUGACAGAAAAAAAUAGUUCAAUAUGCAGUAAUGCUACGUAGUAAUUACUGUAUUUACAAAUUUAGCACCAAAAUAUCAAGAUGUAUUGAAAGCAUUGACGACAAAAAUGCGUUGGAUAAUCCAGAACGAUAGAUAAGCGAGUGUUGGAUAAGUGAGACUCUACUGUAUGUGUUUUUUGAACACUAAACAACACUUCUAAAGACCUUACCAGCAGUCUUACAGACAAAAACAUCUCAACAGAGGAACGGAUAAAACUGAUUUGUUAAGACAGCCUUAAUGAUUAGAGAACAAUAGACUAGAGUUGUGCCAUUUUUUGGCAGAAAAAAUGGAAAUCAAAGAUACAGAAUGGGGGAUGCCUGGCUUGACAGCAGUGUGUGCGAAAAAGACCUUGGGAGUCCUCGUGGACAACAAGUUAAACAUGAGCCAACAAUGUGAUGCGGCAGCUAAAAAAGCCAAUGGGAUUCUGGUCUGCAUCAAGAGGGGAAUAGCGUCUAGAUCCAGGGAAGUCCUGCUCCCCCUUAUUCUAUUCUGCCUUGGUCAGACCACACCUGGAAUCACACUGAGUCCAAUUCUGGGCACCACAAUUGAAGGGAGAUGUUGACAAGCUGGAAAGCGUCCAGAGGAGGGCGACUAAAAUGAUCAAAGGUCUGGAGAACAAGCCCUAUGAGGAGCGGCUUAAAGAGCUGGGCAUGUUUAGCCUGCAGAAGAGAAGGCUGAGAGGAGACAUGAUGAGAGCCAUGUACAAAUACGUGAAGGGAAGUCAUAGGGAGGAGGGAGGGAGCUUGUUUUCUGCUGCCCUGCAGACUAGGACAUCAUGGCUUCAAACUACAGGAAAGGAGAUUCCACCUGAACAUCAGGAAGAACUUCCUCACUGUGAGAAGGGCUGUUCGGCAUUGGAACUCUCUCCCCCGGGCCAUGGUGGAGGCUCCUUCUUUGGAGGGUUUUAAGAAGAGGCUGGAUGGCCAUCUGUCGGGGGUGCUUUGAAUGCGAUUUCCUGCUUCUUGGCAGAAUGGGGUUGGACUGGAUGGCCCAUGAGGUCUCUUCCAACUCUACGAUUCUAUGAUUCUAUGAUUCAUUGUUUGAGGCAUCCCGUGUGCCUUCCUUCUGCCUGUUAAGAGUUAUAGAAAGCCAAUGGAAAUGUGUGUUAGUUGAAAUGCCUGUGACUUAAUCCAUUUUAGACCAAUGGCUUAAUUGACCUUUGAACACCAACGAGAACGUGCUUUCAGUUUCUGUGAAAGUGACAAAGCCUUGCAACCCAUUGUGAUUGCAUUGGAUAUGUGUUUUGCUGCUUUGCUUUGACCACAACAAUAAACAGCUUUUUGCAGUUUGCGGAUCCA